AUGUCGAAUUUCAUCUCCGAGCCGCUAGCUCGGAAGCUGCUUGGGACACCUCGAAACAAGGUGAACGUGUCGGUCUCGAGCAUCGCGAACAAAGUGCAACAGGUGAAGGGUUCAAUCGUUGCAACCGUGGCAUCUAGGAACCACACGCAUGCUUGUCAACUCGAGUUGCUCGUUGUUGACCCUCCAUUCUUCCAAAUUCCAACGGCACCUAUCGAUGCGUCGGCGUGGAAAAUCCCUGACUUGCCACUCGCGGAUCCUUUGUUCCAUGUGCCUGGCAAGAUCGAUGUCAUAAUUGGUGGAGACUCGUAUUGGGAGCUCUAUUCUGGUAAGAAACGUUUCCUCGGGAAAGGGAAACCUUGGCUUGUAGAGACGCCAUUUGGUUGGGUCGUUGCUGGCAAUGCAUCAUCAGGCAUUUCGCAUGAUUCGCGUUUGUGCCACCUGGCUAGCAGCAGUACAUCUUCGCUGGAUUCGAUUAUGGAACGAUUCUGGAAAAUCGAGACGAUUAGCGGUGAUCCAGCAUUGUCAGCGGAAGAAGAUGCUUACGAGAAGCAUUUCGUGGCCAAUACAACAAGAGAUACAUCGGGCAGGUAUGUUGUACGUUUACCGCAGACUUCUAAUCCAAGUAUCGUUUUAGGAGCGUCCAAGGCGAUUGCGGAUCGUCGGCUCCUAGCAGUAGAACGUCGAUUGAUGUGCAACCCUACAAUGAAGGAAAAGUAUACCAAAUUCAUGAAGGAGUACGAACAGCUCGGCCACAUGAAACGUCUUACCGAUCCAGUCGAUGAUUCCGGCGAGCACUACUAUCUUCCUCAUCACGCGGUGGUAAAGGAAACGAGCACAACCACAAAGCACUAUCAGCAGAUGUCGAAAAAAUGUACCGCCAAAUUCGCCAUGAUGACGACGACCAAAGAUACCUUCGUAUUCGGUACAGAUACAAUCCCACAGAGCCUAUUCAAACCUUCUAAUUACAAACGGUAA